AUACUUCUUCAAUUGAAUUAGAAAAUAACGGAAAAUAAGCGUUACAAAAAAAGUGGAGUGCAUCAAUGCUGUGUCAAAAAGUGGGCCAAUAUGAAGUUUAAAUCUAUUGAAGCAGUAGAUAAUACGUACUUCGGUAGUGUAUACAGGGUCGAUCUCGUCACUUAACUGUAUUUAAAGCACGGGUCUAUACUGAAGGUCGAAAGAACAGGGAAGCCAUUUUGGAUUUACAGUGAACUACUCAUGUGACCCAGACACCAGAUAUGCUGCACCCCCGGCGCAGUGCCCAGCAUGUCCUACUGUGCGACGCCUGUGAAACUGCCCCCCUACAGAGUCACUGUGAACGUUGUAAUAUAAAUCUCUGUACUAACUGUGUAGGAAAACACCUCUUGGAUUCGUCUAGAAAACACCGAGUCAUACCAUUCAUAGAGAAAAGUUCUACUCCUAACUACCCAAAAUGUCCAAGCCACCCCGACAAACAGUGUGAACUUCACUGUGAGAAAUGCGACCUUCCUGUCUGUUCUACCUGCGUCUCCUCAGGUAAACACAAAGGUCACGAUAUAUCAGAUAUUCAGAAAAAACUCAGCGCUAAAACACAAAGUUUACGAAAAGAUUUGGAAGAACUCGAGAUCAAAAUUUUCCCCCGAUAUGAAGAAAUUGUCUCCGAUGUCCAAACUGAGAAAGCCGAGUUAGAAACGAAGUACGGGAAACUGACCAAAGCUGCCGACCAACAAGGAGAAGCCUUACACCGAGAGAUCACCACCAUUGUCAACCAACGGAAAUCCGACAUUGCGGAGAUGAAAAUUAAACAUCUGGCUGCUUUAGAUAAAAACACAGAUGAAAUCACACACAGUAUUACUGAACUCAAACAAAUCAUUCUAAAUCUGAAGGCAAUAUUGGAAUCCAAUGACGUCUCCCUAAUCUCUACCUACAAUUCUAGGAAUGACGAGUUCAGGAGAUUACCACCAAAAGUCCAAGUUACAUUACCAAGUCUGUCACCUCAGAAAAUAAACACAAAACAGCUCCGUGAAAUGUUUGGUUCUCUGUCGUCAUUAUCCAUUAACACAGAAGAACAAGGCUACACAAUGAAGUCAGCAGAAACUGCAUCGUCUCCUCCAGUCAAAUCACUGCUUGAUGAACCGCGCGUCACCGCCACCAUAGAUACUGGCAAUAACAGACUAUUCAGUGUUAGCUGUCUCGGUGAAGAAAAAGUCUGGACAUGCGGGGAUAACGAAAUCAUGAAGCUCUUCCGCCUCCGGGGUAAACUACUGACAUCGAUAAAAACCAAGUCAGGGAACUGGCCACAUGCCAUAGCAGUGACACGGGAAGGAAAUCUUGUUUAUACUGACUAUAGAAAUAACACUAUAAACCUAGUAGAUAAAAAAAAGAUUCAGACCGUGAUCACACUAGAGGGGUGGGAACCUCGCAAUGUCUGCAGUACCGCCUCUGGUGAUCUCCUGGUUACCAUGAUCAGUGAGGAUAGAGAACAAUCCAAAGUCGUCCGUUACUCCGGCUCCACAGAGAAACAAACCAUUCAGUUUGAUGAUCAGGAUCGUCCUCUCUAUUCAUUAGCUCGUUACAUCAGUGAAAACAGGAACCUGGAUAUCUGUGUUGCUGACUGGGGAGUUAAUGCAGUAGUGGUGGUCAAUCAGUCAGGAAAACUCCGAUUUAGAUACACUGGCCAUAACUCUAAUUCCAAGCAAUCAUUUGAUCCAUACGGCAUCACUACAGACAGCCAAAGUCACAUCCUGACAGCAGACCGUUACAAUAACUGUAUCCACAUCCUAGAUCAGGACGGACAAUUCCUCCGUUACAUUCAGAAUGUAUUCAUUCCAUGCGGUUUAUGUGUGGACAUCAGAGACAACCUCUUUGUGGCUGAGUGUUACGUUGCUAAAGUGAAGAAAAUCCAAUAUCUAUAAACACAGUGUUAAUUACAGAUCUCAACACAGUGAAAAUUGCACAUUUCAACACAGUGAAAACCAUGUUAUUUACAAAUAUAAACAUUGUGUCUAAGCACAGUGUAAAUUACAGCUAUAAACACAGUGUUAAUUACAGAUGUGUUUGUGACGUGUAAUUAAGCUGUGUAUUGACAGUGACUAUGUCUUUGUUUAUUUGUGUCUAAUGAACAUUAUUCUAUUUAAUAUCAUUAUAUUAUAGAUACAAAUUUACUAGAGUACAGUCUUACAUUAUGACUGAGUAUUUACUUAGAGAUGUAGUACAUCUGAUCUUACAUUAUGACUGAGUAUUUACUUAGAGAUUUAGUACCUCUGAUCUUACAUUAUGACUGAGUAUUUACUUAGAUAUGUAGUGCAUCUGAUCUUACAUUAUGACUCGGUACUUACUUAGAUAUCUAAUACAUCUGAUCUUACAAUAUGACUGAGUACUUACUUAGAUAUGUAGUACAUCUGAUCUUGCAUUAUGACUGAGUACUUACUUAGAUAUGUAGUACAUCUGAUCUUACAUUGUGACUGAGUACUUACUUAGAUAUAUAGUACAUUUGAUCUUACAUUAUGACUCGGUACUAACUUAGAUUUGUACUACAGUAACAGAAAGUAACCCAAAAACGUCAGGUGUUCAGAUUCAAGGUCACGGUCUUCUGUUUACCAUCAAUGACGUCAGAGCACAUAUCUAAAUCUCCCCGUCCUACAAAAUCAACACACACAAAUAGAAAUUUUGUCUAACCAAAUUUCUAAGAAUUCAUUUAAAUCAUUUACUUCAACAAAGUACAGACUUAACAAUUCUGCACAGAAUGCAGCACUUAUUACAAUUAAAACUAUGAUUUAUCUGA